GAAGGGAAUGCCUUGAUGAUGGGACGUGGUCUGGAGAGGCCCCAACAUGUGCUGUCCCAGUAAGUUGUCCCAAUCCCACAGUUAAACCGAAUACUGCAAUAGUAGCUUUGACUGGCAACAGCGUCGGUGAUAUAGUUGAAUACACAUGCGAUGAUACAUUCGUAUUGUCCAGUGGGGAUCUGAGAAGGGAAUGCCUUGAUGAUGGGACGUGGUCCGGAGAGGCCCCAACAUGUGCUGUCCCAGUAAGUUGUCCCAAUCCAACAGUUAAACCGAAUACUGCAAUAGUAGCUGUGACUGGCAAUAGGGUCGGUGAUACAGUUGAA